UAGAUAGAUAGAUAGAUAGAUAGAUACUUGUUUUCUAAAUAAAAAGCCCAAAAUGUACACACACAAAAAAAAUCACAUAAUGUAAAUAAGUGUCAAAAUGUAGGCUAUAAUAUGCAUAUCACUAAUUAAAGGGACAGGACACAGCAGCGGAGCAGAGAGUGUAUGAUGUCACUCGAUGUCACUUUCACUUUCUCAAUCUUAAAGUAACGUCAACAGAAGAAACAGAGGCAGUGUUUUUGAACACAACACAAUGAAGCGUCAAAUAGACGAUAUAAUGGGGCUCUGCUGUAAGAUAUCAGAGAGCAGGCAGAUUAAAGCAGCAAUACAACACUCAGCCCAAGGAGCUGCUGCCGCGGGCGGAGGGGCUUUUUUAGGGGGGCUACUCGGAGGUCCACCCGGUAUAUUUAUCGGUGGUGCUCUGGGAGGUGCUGUGGGAUGGUGGAUGACUAAUGACAAAUUCCAGCCUCUCCCUCAGAUCAUAAUGGAGAUGUCUCCUCAACAGAAGAAGAAACUGUACUCUGAGGUCAUGGCAGUACUGGGCAAUCUGGAUUGGGUUGACCUGGCUCAACUCAUUUUUCUAGUAAUGGGUAAUUCCUCCCUGCAGAUGCGAGUGCUUACUACUUUAAUCUCUUUUGCCACAAACGAGCUUGGAGCCAAAGUGCAGUAUGGACAAAAUUAGUGGGUUAAUGUUACCUGCUUAGUCUAAGCCAAGUUUGUCUACAGUACCUGGAGCUUUUUUAGUUUAGCCUAGCUGCUGUUUCUGAAAUCUGUGUUUUUACUUUUAUUUUUUCCUUAUUAUAAACAUGCUCGUAGGUGUUAUUGCAUUGUUCUGUUUUAAUAUUUUAAUCCAGUUUAGAGUUUUACUGUAAAUCUUAAAAUGUUUAAAAUACUCAAAUAAAUUGAGUAAAUUGCUUCUGAGUAAUUAAACGGUAAUCUUUUCCAACAUGUGAAAUCAAGGCCACCUGAUGAACUACUAUAGUACAGUUUAAAGAAUUUUGUUGCAAACCUGUAUGACUUCCUUCUGUGGAACAUGAAAGAAUAUAUUUUUGAACAAUGUUGGGAAGCAAACAGUUUUAUUUACCAUUGAUUUGCAUUGUAUGGACAGAAAACACUGAGCCAUUUCAUUAAAUAUAUAUUUUUUGUGUUCUGAAGAAGUAAGAAAGUCAUUUGGAAUGACAUGAGAGUAAGUAAAUGAUGAAAGUUUUUUUUUAUUUUAUUUUAUUUUUUAUUUUUUGGUGAACAAUCUUUUAGUAGAUUUACCUUUUAGAUCUGUUGUUUCGCUAAUCAUUUCAAAAUUAAUUUCCUAAAAACAUGGGGAAGUUAUGACUUGAAUCAGAGUCAGCAUUUUCGUUAUCAUUUAAAAUCUAUUUAUUUGCUAUGUAUUAGCAUUGGUAUAUAGAAUUCGGUUGAACCGAGCAGGGUCUACCUAAGAGAACAGUAAUCACUAUAACAGUGACUUAAAUGACUCUAGUCUUUAUUGAUUCAAUAACAGAUAUUUACACAACUAUGUUCACAAAAAUGGUGAAAUAGUUAAAUGUUAUUUUAAGGCUACACCCUGUGCAAUAUGUAACACUAAUUGUAACGUACUUAACACAGCGUUCUUUCAUAACUGUAGGAAUAACCCAUUUACACUACUCUUUUUAAGAACUUUAUUUUUCCAUUUGUUUUUACCUGGUACCUCAUAUACACUACCAGUCAAGUGUGUGUCUGGCAAGAUCAAUUUGUUUACUAUGUAUUAUAGAGAAUUUGGUUGAACCGAGCAGGGUCUAUGCUAGGAGAACACUAAUCACUAUAACAGCGACUUUUGUUUUUAGUUACAGUGACUUUGUGUUGUAUAAUGUUACGAAAAAAAAAAAUCUAUUUCAAAUAAAUGCUAUUCUUUUAGACUCUGAAUCCUGAAAAAAGUAUUAUGAUUUCACUAUAUUACUUUUUAAAAGUAUUUUUUUUUUUUUUUUUUUUUUUGUAACAUAAACCCCCAGUUUCACAAGGCUUAAGCUAGUCUCAGACUAAAAUGCAUGUUUGAGUUGUUUUAACUGAAAGCAACUUGUACUGACAUAUCUUAAAAUAUGUCACUGCCAUUGUUUUGUCUCAAGAUGCACACCUGUAAUGUUUUUUCCAAGUGUACGUUUAUAAAAGAUACUUAAAUAUCCUAAUUGAACUAAGGCCUAAUCCUGGCUUAGGCUAAGCCUUGUCUGUGAAACUGGGCCAAUAAAUGUCUUUACUGUCACUUUUGAUCAAUUUAAUGGAUCAUUGCUGAAUAAAAGUUUUUAUUAUUAUUUUUUAAUCGUA